AUGGGCUCGUUGGGAAGACGGUCCAAGCUCCCGCCCGUCCUCGACUUCUCAGGUUUUCGGAGUGAAAAUGAGGUUCUGAAGGCGGAAUUCCUGCAAGCGCUGGGACAAGCGUGUAGAGACAAGGGAUUCUUCCAACUUACCAACCAUGGCGUGGAACCUGAGCUCCAGCGGCGAAUUUUUGCGGCCUCCAAGGAAUUGUUCAGUCUCCCGCUUGAAGAGAAGCUGAAAGCGAGACUGACGACCGGAACGAACGGACGAGGCUACGAAACCAUAGGAGACCAAAUGCUCGAGCCCGGCUCGGCCCCGGACACCAAAGAAGCCAUUUACUUGGGUGAAGACCUCCCCGCCGACCACCCGCGCGUGCUGAAGGGCGAAUACGGAUGCGGUUCGAAUAUCUACCCAUCCUGUCUCGGCCCCCAGUGGCACGAGACGUGCAUGGAAUACUUCCAAGCCAUGACCAACUUGGCCCGAGAAGUAAUGCGAGCUCUCGCGGCGGCGCUCAACAUACCCGAGGACUACUUCGACCGGUUCACCGACUCCGAACCGACUGCGACGCUCCGCCUGGUGCACUACCCGCCCACGCCCAGGACAUCGGACAAGGAGCGCGGCUGCGGCGCCCACCGCGACUUCGGGUGCAUCACGCUCCUCCUGCAAGACGGGGUCGGCGGCCUCCAAGUCCAGGACGAAGAGACGGGCGAGUUCCUCGACAUCGACCCCGUCCCCGGCGCGUACGUGGUCAACCUCGGGAACCUGAUGGCCCGCUGGACCAACCACCACUACACGUCCAACACGCACCGCGUGCUGAACUUCUCGGCCACGGACCGCUACUCGAUCCCCUUCUUCUACAGCGGCAACGCCAAGUAUACCCUGGAGACCAUCCCCGGCCUGGAGGAGAGGCCGCAGUCCGUCGCGGCCAGGAAAUACGGCCCCGCCAUCCCGGCAGAGCCGUACGGUCCCGUCUCCGUCACCGACUUCCUCCGCGAGCAGUUCGUUCAGUCGUACAAGCGAGCCCACGACUUCAGGCCAAAUGUGGUUGAUGCGACCGCAUAGACCACACAGCUAACAUGCCUGUUAUAUCGGGUGGAAGAGCGUUGAAUAUCCCCUAUCCAAUUAAGCGUCCCGCUAUCUCAAAGGACGAGGACUCGAACAUGGCUCUAAUCUAGAUGCGAGGAUCCAGGACGUUGCUUUCUCG